CAAGUUUAGACUUUCAUAAUAUGAUGAAAAAUAUUACAUAUAUCAUUAUAUACUUUUUUGAAUCCUGAACAAGAAGGCAUUUUAUCUGUCCCUCACUGAUGUUCUGCACACGAGACCAUCUGACUUUCUUUACCUCAUAGUUUUAGUGAAGCAUGUUAACUGCUUUACUGCUUCAGGAGACAUUUUUUUCAGGAUGAUUUUAGAAUUUGUCAUGCUGUUUUUUCUCACGGACGUAACAGCAAAGUUUGGGACCACCCCGCAUCUUAAACAGAUUGUCAUCGGACGGUGUUAUGAAUAUGUAACCCUGGUUAAUCCCCACCCCAGGUAUAAUUGUGAGGAGAUAUGGCAGGAGUUUGAAAAGGCUGUGGUUAGGAGAUCACCCUGCGAUGUGAGAGUUAAAGAUUACCAAAAAAUGUUCCUGGCCAUCACUCAGAUUUUACCAUGUGGCAAGUUGCUCUUCUGGAGUAAGACGAGAGACCUCAUGCACAGCUAUGUAGCCAUCACAGGACCCUUCUGGACAUUAGAAGACACACUGGUGGGAUUCAUGUUCAACGAUCUGAUCUGGUGUGGACAGCAGGAGAGAGACAGAGGUUUUGACUACCAGUCCUGUCCAGAAUGGUCAUCCUGUUUGAACCAUCCUGUGUACUCACUAUGGAAGCAAGCUUCUCAGAAUUCCACACAAGACCAGAGGAACACAAGACAGGAGACCCUUGGGGGAGGGAUGGAGGGCCAGGCCAGUGUGGUGGAAGUGGAGACUGAGAAGUAUCAGAGAGCCAGGGCAGAGCAAGGAGGGUAG